CUGGAAAGCACGCUGGUUUGUUCUGGACGUCGGCACGGGAAACAUCAAAUACUACAAAGUCCAGAAGCUCAGAUCAACCCCUGGGUGUGCUGUCCAUUGCCAACAUGAACGCAUGCCUGGCCUCCGUGUUCACCAACCACCCGCACAGCAUGCAGAUCGCCGUGCCCGACACUCCCGUCUCGUCCGGCAGAACCAGGAACAUCUUCGUGUACAGCGAGAAAGGCAGGGAUAUAAUUGAGUGGCUGGUCGCAAUCCGCCAUGCCAGGCAAGAGUUUCUCAAGCUCUCAGCCGGUGAUAUGCUGACUAAGGACUUCAGCAAAGCCGGAUACUUACAGAAGACUGGACCCAAUGCAUCGCAUGGCUGGAAGAAGCGCUGGUUUGUACUGGACGGUAGGAAACUCCGCUACUACGGACAUCCACUGGAUCCGUUCGAGCUGCACGAGAUCAACAUUGGUCACAACUCGGAGGGCUAUGACAUCAUCGAUGGCAUCACGGACGGACGGCGGAAGGCGCCUCAGUACGGCCUGACACUGAAGACACCAGGUCGUGACUUCUACCUCAACGCUAUGUCCAUACCGGAGUUUGAGUCGUGGAUGGAGGCCAUACGGACCGUUAUCAUGACGGAAGAUGAUUUGGUGGAUUGACACAAAAAUCCCUGUCUCAGAUACCUCAACGCUAUGUCCAUACGGAGUUUGAGUCGAGGAUAGCGGAUAUGAAGACUGUUAUCAUGACUGAAGAUAAUUCUGUGCAUUGAUACAGCACACCCCAGUCAUAGUACAGAGCAAAACAUGACUGAGAAGACCGGGGCUUGAGAACGGUAGAUGACGUAAAUAUAAAUAGGUGCUAAUGUAUUCCGUCACGUAUCCCUCCCCCCCCCCCACUAACGUCUAUUUCUAGGUUCGGUCCAGCGAGUGGCCGCUAUUAACGCUGAUGCGUGUGCGUGUGUAUGUGCGAGCGAGCUGGCGUGUAUGCACUCUCCGAAGCACAUUCUGUGGACUAGAGGGCGAGCACCGAUUCGGUUUACGAACCAUGUACAGCUGUCUCAGUUGGCCUUUUCUUUUCCUUCACCAACCCCAUCACUACGUGUACGUCUGCUGAGCAAUAUGGCUUGGCAGCAUUCCCGGAUAACAGACAGAUGCCUAUCUGAAAAGGAGAUAUUAUUUUUUCUGAAUCGGAACUAAAUACACCCUAUUUACUUCAAGUUCAUUAUGAUUAAGGUGAUGUACUAAACAUGCAGCAUAGUGGUGCUCUUUGCAUUUUAUUAAAGUUGAAUUUUCUGACUCAGAGCUUCCGGAUCAUAUUGAUUAUGUACAACAUUUCAUAACCCCAUUUUGCGAGGCCUAUCUAUUUUGAGAUUGGCAUUACUAUAAUAUAAUGACCCGAUGUGUGUUAGA